AUGCGAACAAUUGCAGCAUUGAAUCGCGAGGAAACAUUCAAAACAAAAUAUAAAGAUUCUAUUGCCGGGCCGCAUAGAACGGUUAUUCGUGGUGCUUUAAUUGUUGCCACCGGAUUUGGCGCGUUUCAGAGUCUUCGGAGCAUUGGCAUUUUGGUACGUAAUUAUAGCAUGUCGUUUUUUCUUUUUAUUAUGUUCACCCCUAAUACAGCUAAUGCGAAAAUAGUUGCAAUGUCAGUUUUCAAAUCGCAUGAUAGAAAAUGUAAUAUGUUUAAUGUCGAAUUCAGCACGACGAAAUGUCAGAAUCUAAGAGGACGUGAUACUGAAAUUCUCGCCGGAAAGAAUGUUGCAUUAGUCGGUCCAUCCGGUUUGGGUAAAUUUACUAUUAUCUCUUUGUUCCUUCAAUAUUAUGACAUUGACUCUGGCACCGUAAAUGUUGAGCGUGCAAAUGUCAAGGAUUGGAAUCUCGAAUAUUUGAGAUCAAACAUGGCAUUAGUUGGUCAAACGCUGGUUCUUUUUGAUAUAACCAUUGGAUAUGAUACACCUGUUUGUGAAAAAAGAAUUCAGUUGAACGGCGGACAGAAACAGCGCGUCGCAAUAGCACGAGCAUUAAUUCGAAAUCCGAAACUAUUAUUAAAUGAAGCAACAUCAGCACUCAACUCCGAAUCUGAAAAAGUUGUACAAGACGCUCUAAAUCGUACUCAACCAAAAUUAUGA